UGACUUGCACAUAGUAGAUGCUUAGUACAUAUUUAUGAAGUGACUGAAUGUUUUUCUUACCUGUAAAAUGGAGAGACCAAUACUUAUGUCUCAGAGUUGUUGAGGACUAGCAAUAUCUGAUUUGAUAAUGUUGGUAAAGUGGAUAAGUCUGUGUUUAGCACAUUGUGUUUAUAGAAACUGUAUUUCUCGGUAAAUAUUUGGCUUGCUGUAGACAUUCAACAAAGGCUAGUUCUCUUUCUUUCUUGCAGUCUGGAUCUCCUGCACCAUUUCAUAUUUAAUUGACCUGCAUCCCAAAGUGUGCACUCCCCCAACACACACAGAGACACUGCGUUGUAACAAUGUUUAACUUUCUCUUGGGAAAUUACAGUUUUCUUCUCUUUGGUUAUAUGAUCUUUGCCAAUUAACUCUCCUUAAGAGCAAAGUGUUUUGGGGUUUGAUUUCCUCAUCCUAGUGUUUAGUUUCUCUGAAAAGCACUCUCAGCUUUUGUGUAUACUGAUCAGUUUUUAUUUUGCAUUUAUUUAAUAUUUAGUCGACUGAAAUGUCAGGCAAUGCGAAUACAGAUAGGAAUUCGUAGAAGCCUCUGUUCUUAAGUGGAGGAAACAGGAUACAUAAACCAACAAGAAUAAUAAAGUAUCUGGCCAAGCAUGUGGCUCACACCUCUAAUCCCAGCACUUUGGGAGGCUGAGGCAGGCGGAUUACUUGAGGUCAGGAGUUUGAGACCAGCCUGGCCAACAUGGCGAAACUCCUGUCUUUACUAAAAAUGCAAAAAUUAGCUAGGUGUGGUAGCAUAUGCCUGUAAUCCCAGCUACUAGGAAGGCUGAGGCGGGAGAAUUUCUUGAACCCAAGGGCAGAGGUUGCAGUGAGCCAAGGUCACAACACUGCACUCCAGCCUGGGCAACAGAGCAAGACUCUGUCGCCAAAAAAAAAAAAAAAAAUUUUUUUUUAAAUUUCUAUGGAAAAAGUCUGCAGAACAUAGAGGAGACACAAAGUAGGGAGUAACUAAUUCACAUGGAGGAUGAGGGUACAGUUUGAGAGAUAGGUGGUUGUUUACCACCCAACAGAGAGAUAAGCCCUGUGAGUCGAGACCUUUCUAGGGGCCCAUGCUCUGGGAACUUGGAAGGGCUGCGUGAUCAUAGUGUAGUGAUAGUACUAACAGAGAUCAUGAGAAGCAAAGCCUGAAAGAUGCGAGGUGCUGGGCCAUGGAGGGCUCUGCCUGCCCUGCUGGGGAAUUUGAACUUGCGCCAGCAAUACCAAUAACAGUAGCAGCACCUAACAUUUAUUGAGCACUUCCUAUAUGCCAGGCCCUCUUCUUUGUACUUCAUUGUAUUAAUUCCUUUAAUCUGUACAACAGUUCUAUGAGGUAAGUACUAUUGUUAUCCCUAUUUAUAAAUAAAUAAACAUAGGAUACGUAUUGAAUUUGUUCUUAAAAAUAAUAAUAAAUAAAUAAGUGUAGGCACCACGAGGACAAGGAACUGGUCCAGGGUCACCCAACUUAUGAAGAGCAGAGACAGGAUUUAGACUCAGGCAGCGUGGCCCCAAAGUUUGUCCUCUUAACCAGGAUACUGUACUACUUCUUACGGACAGCUUUUGGGGGAUAGCCAGAGCCCUGGAAGAGUUUUAAGUAUGGAAAUGAUAUGAUUAGAUCAGUUAUUUGGAAAGGCUGUAGUGGAGUUGCAUUUCAUCUUAUACAAGGGUUCAUUUCUAAAAGCAUUGAAAGCAAAAAAUGCCAAGUUCCAUUUCUCCUUGCCUCUGAGUAAGGUUUGUUCUGCUAGUGGUGGCAUACCAUAUCUCAGACAGCCCAACACGGCAGCUUUUUCCUCUAUCCUUAGAACAGAGGGCAGAGUCUUUGGAAGACAUGUGUAUAAUAGAUGAAUCAUCAGUUUGUGUUGAGGGACCCUGUUGUUUGAAAAGCACAAAAGCAUCACACUCCUGCAGAAACUGAGCCCCUCAGUGGUGACAACAGACUUAACCUCCCCUCAUUUAGUGCAUGGCCAAGCCUGUGCAUUGCUUAGAUAGUGUUUUUCCCUGCCCGUUUUUCUCUCUAACAAGAGUCCUUAGUGAUAUGGAUGCCUGUUAGGCCUGUGAUGGUCUGCGUCACAUUUGGCAGCAGAGUGCAAGAGGGACAGCGUGCAAGUGAGGAGGUGGGAAGAAGGCAGGGAAAAUAAGCAGAACACAGCAGCUGCUGCCCAGGUACCAGAGUCUGCUUUAAAGAAGUGUUGAUGCGAUUACAAUGAUCAAAACCAAACCAGCCGGUACAUGGAGGAAGAAACUAGGAGAAACACAUCAAAUUGCUGACAGUGAUUGUGUUUUCUCUUUUCUGUGACAAAUGCAGCUUUGUGCAUUCUUUUUAUUUUACAGCCUAUUGUCAACGUUAUUUCAUUUUUCUACAGAGUUUUCAUAAUUGGCAUUUCUAAUGACCGCCUUGCAUUCCAUGGUGUUGAUGUUCUAUACAGGGCAGGAGGCCAGAUAUGAGAGAUAUAAAGAAAGUUAAGUAUUCUGGACCUAAUGACCAAUUAAAGUAGUUUCCUUCAACUUUCUUCUGAUCUGAAAACUUUGUACAUCAUUGUAUCUUUUUGUUUCCAGUCUGGUAAAUGCCCUUCUAAUUCCAACUACAUUAUACACACUGCAGCUUUAAUACAUAAUACUCUCCAUGUCUUGGCUUAUGGCUACUGAAAUAGGCCUAAGAGUCAUCUGCAGGUGUUAGGAACCUUGAUUGGUCCAUCUGUUUUGUCGUAGUGGUACAAUAUUCUUUUUUUUACUUACAAACUGACAAUACAUGAGGUCUCUUGAUAGCCACCGCUGUGUUACAGUACAUGAUUUACAUUAAGUUCUCUGGUUUUGGCAGGGCACAGUGGCUCAAGCCUGUAAUCCCAGCACUUUGGGAGGCUGAGGUGGGUGGAUCACGAGGUCAAGAGAUCGAGACCAUCCUGGUCAACAUGGUGAAACCCCGUCUCUACUAAAGAUACAAAAAAUUAGCUGGGCAAGGUGGCGCAUGCCUGUAAUCCCAGCUACUCAGGAGGCUGAGGCAAAAGAAUUGCCUGAACCCAGGAGGCGGAGGUUGCGGUGAGCCGAGAUCACGCCAUUGCACUCCAGCCUGGGUAACAAGAGCGAAACUCCGUCUCAAAAAAAAAAAAAAAAAGUUCUCUGGUUUCUCAGAUUGAAAUCAUUUUGUAACUUCUUUAAAGAAGUGUUGAUGUGAUUACAACAAUGGUCAAAACAAAACAAAACCAGCCAGUACAUAGGAAAAAGAAACUAGGAGAAGCACAUAAAAAUGCUGACAGUGAUUGUGUUCAUAUUGGCAAUUUUAUUUUUCUCUUUUCUGUGUUUCCAGAGAUUUGAAAAUAUGUCUAUAAUACAUGCAAAAUGUUAACAACUUUUUUUAAAAAAAGAACAAACUUCAAAAAUAAGAGCUCUCUGUAAUCUCCUAAUUCUAGCACAACAUAAUUUUGCUUUUGAAAUGCCCUUGUUCGUAUACAUGCAUAUUUUUCAUAGCUGUAGUCCUGACAAAUGCAGCUUUGUGUGUUCUUUUCAUUUUAUAGCCUAUUGUCAACAUUAUUUCAUUUUUCUAAUAGCUUUCAUAAUUGGCAUUUCUAAUGGCUGCCUUGCAUUCCUUGGUGUUGAUGUUCUGUACAGGACUGUCCUGUGGACAUUUGGAUUGUUUCCAGUUCUUUACUCAUUUAGAUAAGGGGUAAUGAGUAUUUUUGUUCAUUUGGCAUUUGGGGUUCAUUCAGUCAUUUCCUUAAAGUGAAGUCUCAGCAGUGAGCUAACUGAAUGAAUGGUUUGAACUCUUGUGUGGCUUUUGGUAUGUGCCAAGUAAGACCCUGCUUUCUGGAAGAGCCCAUUGAAUGUGGAUGGUCACUGGCUUCAUAUGUGUGUUCCUGUCCCAUGUUUCCCUCCUCACUAUUGAGUCCCUAAGAUAUUUUAAUAACAUACCUUGUAAUCAAGUCGUGUUUAUUGAAGAAAGUUUAGAAAAGAUGUAAAUGUGAAAAACAGGAAAUAAGCUAUUCAUAAUCUCACCACCCAGAGGUAACAAUUUUAAGAAUACAUUUCCUUUUAAGUAUUUAUUUACUUAUUUUUGUUUUGUUUUUUAGAGACAGGAUUUCACUCUGUCACCCAGGUUGGAAUGCCUUACAUCUGGGCUCAAACAGUCUUCCCACAUCAGCCUUCUGAGUAGCUAGGAGUACAGGCACAUGACACUAUACCUGGCUAAUUUUUAAAUUUCUCGUAGAGGUUGGCUCUUGCUAUAUUGCCUAGGCUGGUCUCAAACUCCUGGCCUCAAGUGAUCCUUCCUUAAUUAGGCCUCACGGACAGAGAGAUUCAAGCUAUUCCUGGGAAAUAGAAUCCAGUGAAGUGAUGCGCUCCACUCGGAUUGGAUCAGGCUCUUUUGGGACUGUUUAUAAGGGCAAAUGGCACAGAGAUGUUGCGGUAAAGAUCCUAAAGGUUGUCGACUCAACCCCAGAGCAGUUCCAGGCCUUCAGGAAUGAGGUGGCUGUUUUCCACAAAACACAGCAUGUGAACAUUCUGCUUUUCAUGGGGUACAUGACAAAGGACAACCUGGCAAUUGUGACCCAGUGGUGUGAGGGCAGCAGCCUCUACAAACACCUGCAUGUCCAGGAGACCAAGUUUCAGAUGUUCCAGCUAAUUGACAUUGCCCGGCAGACGGCUCAGGGAAUGGACUAUUUGCAUGCAAAGAACAUCAUCCACAGAGACAUGAAAUCCAACAAUGUAUUUCUCCAUGAAGGCCUAACAGUGAAAAUUGGAGAUUUUGGUUUGGCAACAGUAAAGUCACACUGGAGUGGUUCUCAGCAGGUUGAACAACCUACUGGCUCUGUUCUGUGGAUGGCUCCAGAGGUGAUCCGAAUGCAGGAUGACAACCCGUUCAGCUUCCAGUCAGAUAUCUACUCCUAUGGCAUCGUAUUAUCUGAGCUGAUGACAGGGGAGCUUCCUUACUCUCACAUUAACAACCGAGAUCAGAUCAUCUUCAUGGUGGGCGGAGGGUAUGCCUCCCCAGAUCUUAGUAAGCUAUAUAAGAACUGCCCUCCCAAAGCAUUGAGAUAACAGGCACAAGCCACCACACCUAGUCCAAGUAUGUAUGUCAUAAUGUUGUAUCAUGUGGCUUCUCUAUUAGCCCUUCUCUAUUGUUGUUGUAUAGAAGCUUUACUUCCUCUCUCCAUCUUGGGGGUCAUCUUGGCCAGGUAUGGUGGCUUGCACUAAUCCCAGCACUUUGAAAGUCCAAGGCAGGAGGCUCACUUGAGGGCAGGAGUUCAAGACCAGCCUGGACAAUGUAGUGAGACCAUGUCUCUACAAAAAGUAACAAUCAGUAAAUAAAUAAAUCUUUGUGCACGUUUAGGAAGCAUUCUGUUGGAAAAUUCCCAGAAGCAGAAUUUAAUUUUUCUCUUUUCGGGUUGAAGAGACAACCCGAACCUUGUGAAGGCUUUUGAUGAGUACUGAAAAGUUGCUGCUGAGGAUAGUUGUGCCUCUUUCUACUUCACCUGUUAAUGUUUGGAUCCCAUUCCUGCUUUCACUAGGUUAACACUAGUGGCCAUUUAUUUAUCUGUUUAUCCUGAAAUCAGUUUGGAACUCUGUGGUCUUUUGCUUUUUGUUUUUUGUGAGGGGGUUCCUGGGCAUGUGGAUUAAAAUCCCAGAAUUUGUAUUUUCUUUAGGAUUUCCCUCAGGUUCCACCUAUUGGUAAAUUUUACACACCCACGUCUUCCACCCAGCCUUCAAACUGUACCCUGAAGCAUGGUUACAGAAUUCUUGAUUUCAUAGACAUUUUGAAAUCUAGAACUCUUUGAAAAAGACUACUUAUUUUGGCUUAAAAAAUUCCAAAUUCUGGCCAGGCAUGAUGGCUCAUGCCUAUAAUCUCAGCAAUUUGGGAGGCCGAGGUGGGCAAAUCACCUGAGGUUAGGAGUUUGAGACCAGCCUGGCCAACAUGGCGAAACCCAGUCUCUACUAAAAAUACAAAAAGUAGCUAGGUAUGGUGGUGGGUGCCUGCAAUCCCAGCUACUUGGGUGGCUGAGACCGGAGAAUCGGUUGAACCCAGGAGGCGGAGGUUGCAAUGAGCUGGGAUCUUGCCAUUGCGCUCCAGCCUGGGUGAUGAGAAAUUCUAUCUCAAAAAUAAAAUUAAAUUAAAUUAAAUUCCUGAUUCUUGGCCAUUUUCUUAAUAAAUACUUGUUGAAUCCAAGUUUAAAGAACUCAGAGUUAAUUGUAUGUGACAAAAGUCUAAGGUAUAUGGGAAUUGGAGAGAAGUGACUUUGGGCCAGAUUAUAAAGAGCCUUGUUCCACCAACUAAGGAUUUUAACUGCAUCCUAAAGGCUGAUAAUUAGCUGGCACUUUUGGGAAAACAUUUGGUAGACUGGCCACAGAGAACCUGGUUAGAAGGCCAUAGUAGGCUGGGUGGGGGAGAGCUGUCAAGGCCCUGAGUCAUGUUGGUGCAGUAGGUACAAGGGUUAAGUAGGGGCCUAUUCAAGCAGGUCUUGGUGACAGACAGCUUAUGGUAUGCUGUGUGUGCAUGUGUGUGUCCCUGUCCUGUUGAGGGAAAAUUUGUACCAUAUCUUCUACAUAGGAAUUUGCCUUGAUACAGAUAAGAUAAUGCACUGUAAACAGCAAACUAAAAGUGCUCUAUAGAUGUGAAAACAUAUUGACAGUAACAGUGCCUAAGAAAUUCUGCCCCAUGGGGCUCAUUCAAGGAUGUGAUAAUGGCCUGGUGUGUGUAAAGCACCUGGGCUCUAGACAAGUAGUAGUUCUUCUGGUUGACUAAGGACCUGUCACAAACUUGGGAGACAAAUUUGGGAGAGUUCUUUUUUUGUCCUCAUCUGUUCGGGUCGCUGAGCAUGGGGCACUUGCUUCCCUCUCACUUUUUCUCCUGCUUCCAAUGAGGAGGGAAUCUGAACAGCUGAGGAGGGGUCCAGCCUGGUGUGGCGUCUUCCAAUAGGGAGAAGACGUCUCUGUUCUUGGUAGGACUCUGAUCUGGAGAGAACCAUCAUGGGAAAGACUUGAGCCCAGUUCUGAGCUGUGGCCCUGACCUCUGGCUGCUUGGCCAGGCUGCAUUGUUUGUUGUUCAGUCCGGGGAAGGAGACUGAAGAAGCCGAUAAGAAAGUUCUUCCGGUCCAGCCAAGCAGGCGCAGGGAAGCUUCUGCAGAGCAAAGAUUAGACACGGUCCCUGAUUUAGAGAAUACAACGGGAGGGCAGUGGGGCAAAGCCCAGAGCUCUUUGCAGUGGUAUUGUUUAUUGUUGGAGGAGGACAACAGAGGGAGCCCUGUCAGCUUGUGCAACAGAGGGAAGACAGAAACAGCAAGCUGGGUCUGCGAGGGCCUUUUUAAGGGCAGUUUCACAAACAUGUUUUGCAGACAGAGGUUCUCCAACUUGCAAAGGCGUUGAUGAGUGGGAAGGGUAUCCUUUUCCUUCCCCCAGGAAACAAAGCGCUAGUAUUUCUAGGUACAUCUGAGGCUCUUUGUCAAGCACCUGCUCCCAGGUGCUGUGGUACAAAACAAAUUAGCCCUGGGGAGUUAACUGAGUGGGUAUCAAGCGGUGGCCACUUCCCUUCUCCUCUCACUUAUCUGGAAUACCAAAUCUGUGCUUAGUGCAGGGAUGCUCCCCAUGGCCAGCCUUCUCACUAUGGCAGAAAGAGCACCAGAAGGUAAUUUAGGUGUUUGCUUGGGUUAAAUGCUGACGAAAUGCUGCUUUGUGGAAUUAUGCUCAUCUUUAUUACAUGUUUGGAAUCCCAAAUCUGUUUUGUAUUUUUAGAAAUUAGGAAAAUAUCAAACAUAAUAUGCAAAGAAUAAGAAAAUAUUUGAUUGUCUUGAUUUUUGAAAAUAGUAUUGUAGAGGUCUCAGGCUUGCUUUAUUUUUCAUUUUUAUUUUUACUUUUUGCAUAUCUUAAAAAGUAUUCUAAGAGGUGCUUCUGAGCUCCUUCCUCCUAACUCCACUCCUAAUCCAUGGCAUGUGUUGAUGCCAGCCACCCCUGACAGUUAUGUCUGUGGCCUUACCCAGUAGGGAUUGAUAUUUGCAGAUCUUAUCUGUCCUGGCAGCAGCUCUGAUUUGGAGUCAGGGGACCUGUGUUUGCUCUUUUGGCCCUGUUGCUCUGGCCUGAGGCAAGUCACUGUCUUGGUUUCAAAUCUCAUCUCUGUAAAAUGGGGAGAAAAAGAUGAGCUCCUUCAGGUUUCUCAGAAAGGUUCGGUGUCAGAAUGCAGUGAGGGUAAUUUCUAAGCUGUGUGAAUGUGAAUUUUUGUUUUUAUUCAUGACAUAAGCAAGCUAUUGUUUGAGCCAUUGGCUUUGGCUGCCAUACUGUGGAUACUUGGUUUUGAGGUAAGUUAGUCUGAAAGAAUGAAUCCUCCUUGUAGAAACUCACUAUGCUGAAACAUGGUUUAGAGAAAGCAAUGUUACACACAAUGAACUGGAAAAGCAACUUCAAAGUCUGGGUGGGACAUUCCUUCCUGGGGUCCCUGAUGCAUGAAGGGGUGCAGCUGGGCAGACAAACAAAAAGAUUGAAACGAUACCCUAAAUAGAUUUUUUUUUUUAGGCAGGGCCUCUCUCCCUGUUUUGGAAAAACUGUCUUUCUUUUAAAGCACUACUAUAGACUAAAUAAAAGGGCAGAAUGUAAUUUAAGAGUUGCAGGUUAUCUUCUUUCCUAGAAAGAGCUAAAUAUUAUAGUCUCCCCAGGGGCAACUAUUGUUGCCAGUUUCUUUUGUAUUGUUACACAAAUAUCUUGUGCAUAUACAGAUACAGAAUCAUGUGCUCCUAUCCUUUCUUCAUAAUACAAACACAGCAUUCUUUGCCUUGCAUCUUUCACUUAAUACAUCUUUCAGAUAUCCAUAGCAGGCUGUGUGGUGGUCCAUUGCUGUAUGGUUACUUAAUCUGUAUAACAGUUUUCCUGCUGAUGGAUUUUUAGGUUGUUCUUGUAAUUGCUAUCCCAAAUACUGUUGUAACAAAUAUCCUACUACGUGUCCUCUGUACACAGGUGUGAGUAUAAAUGUGAUAGAUUCCUUGAAGUGCGAUUGCUGGGUCAGAGGGUUUGUAGUAGCACUUUUAGCUUUAAAUCAGUAAUGCUCUCCAUAGAGUUUGCAUUGAUUUACCUCCCACCAGUAGUUUACAAGUCCCCCAUUUCUCCACACUGUCACCAGUACAGAAUGAACUUGGCCAAUCUGAGAUGAAAAAUGGCCUCAUUAUAACUAUAUUAGUUAAAAUUAUAAUUUAUAAUUAUAAAUGUAUUACAGUUUGAAUUAACUCUUAUGAGUAAGCUAAGGUUGAUCAGUUUUAAAA